GACUGAGAUGCAACAUUUGCAACAUUUGCGAUGAUCAGCGCAACACGCGUGUCGAUCCACGGAUAAACGGUCUAUAAUUCUAUUUCCUUGUUUCCUUGGUUAUCUUCGGGAUUUUGUCCUUAUUAUUCCAUUUAUUAACCCAGAUACUCUCUUUAAUCUUAGAGCUUGUGGCGUCGUUGAAGCAGAGACCUUGACACGAGUUUCCCGCAUCUCAGUCAUUUUCACAUCUCCUUUUCGGUGUGUGCUAUGAGUAAUUGGCGUCGCGAUCCCAAUGCAUCGGGUGCUUCCGCGUUCCCCGCUGAAGCCACGUCCGAUGCCUCGUCCACGGUGUCACCGGCCGCUCUGACGGCCGCCCAACAGCAGCAGCAGUCGCUCCUCCAUCAGCAGCAGCAGCAGUACCUACAGCAGGCCGCCGCGGGGGUGGUGGACGGGGCCAAUAAGUAUGUUCCGCCGCACAUGCGCCAGAUGCAGCAGAUGCCUCUGCAGCAGGCUCCUGGGGCCUUUCCGCCCCUCGGGGGCUAUGCCGCCGACGGGUAUGGGGCGGCGCAGGCCGUCAACGGUGCCAUGAUGCCGGGGAUGGUGCAGGGCGCCGCGCCGGGGAUGAUGUUCUAUCCCGGAAUGCAGAACGCCUAUCUGGCGCAGGGCGCGGCCACCGCGCGUACACGCGUACAGCCAGCCCUCCCAAGCGCAAAUGUACCAGCAGCCGCAGCGUCCCGGCGGCGCCGUGGAUGCCCAGCAACAGCAGCAGCGCCAUUUCAACAACGCCGCCGCGGGCUACACGGCCACCAGCACCGACGUCCGGGGGGCGGGCGGCGGAUACGGCCAGCAGCAGCAGAUGCAACAGCAGCCGUAUAACAACAACAUGGCCUCGGGCAGCGCGGCAUGCAGCAUUCGGGCAGCACCGGCAGUUUCAAUAACUUUGGCAACCGGAACAACUAUCAGAAUAAUAACUACGGCCGGAAUGAUGGGUACGGGGAUCGGGGCGGCGGCUAUGGCGGGAAUAAUCAGCGGUACGGGCGCAAUGCGCAGGAUUUCACGCCGGAAGAGUGGAAUUCGGCGCUGCCGCGCGAUCCCGGUCUGGAAGGGACGUUGUUCCAGAAAGUCAAUACGGGCAUCAACUUCGACAAGUAUGAGGAUAUUGAAGUGGAAGUCAGCGGGCGGGAUGCACCGGCACCCAUUCAAUCGAGCUUUAACGAUGUCAGUCUGCAUGCCAUUAUCCGGCAGAAUGUGGAGUUGGCCGAUUACAGUCGACCGACCCCGGUGCAGCGUUAUGCGAUCCCCAUCGUGUUGAACGGUCGCGAUCUGAUGGCCUGCGCUCAAACAGGUUCUGGCAAAACGGCGGCGUUUUUGGUUCCGAUCCUCUCGCAGAUGUUGACCGGUGGCCCGCCACAAAUCCACAUGACGUUUUACAAUAAAUUUUGGAGAAUUUUUAAUGGCGCACAGAAUCUUUCGCAGCAGCGCCGGCGUGUACAGUAUCCGUUGGCGGUGAUUCUGGCGCCCACCCGCGAACUGGCCAUCCAGAUCUACGAUGAAUCGCAGAAGUUCGCCUAUCGCACGCGCAUCCGUUCGGUGGUGGUUUACGGCGAUGCGGAUAUUGGACAGCAGAUUCGGGAUCUGGAGAAGGGCUGCCACAUGAUCGUGGCCACGCCGGGCCGUCUGAAUGACAUGGUGGAGCGCGGCAAGGUGUCGCUGGACUAUGUGCGCUACCUGGUGCUGGACGAGGCCGAUCGCAUGCUGGAUAUGGGCUUUGAACCGCAGAUCCGCAAUCUGGUACAGGAGAACGGCAUGCCGCAGCCGUCCCACCGCCAGACCCUCAUGUUCUCCGCCACCUUCCCCAAGGAGAUCCAGAUCCUGGCCAAUGACUUCCGUCCCUCAGGCCCCCUACUGCCCGCCACCAGUAGGAAUAGCGGCUACGGACGUGGAAAGCGGCGCCUUGCCUGGGACUUUGGCAACAGCGCCGACGCAGGCGGAAGAGAACGCUGGUCGCGCCGAGAAAUACCAAAUGCCAAAUGUAAAGGCCAUAUCGCAGGUGGUGAAUAAGCGUUCCCACGGUGGAUGGGAUGGAGAUGGAUUUGAUGUGGCACCAAGUGUUGAAUCAAUCAAACGCUUAAAACCGGGGUAAGGAGCUAAGAUGCUAUUUUAUUUUGUCAUGAUCGUCUGGUUAGUCCUGCGCAGUUUCUUGCAGUCAUCUUCAUCUGUCUUACGGUCACUCCUCAGCUACGAUCUGGAAUCCAUCGACGAUCAUCCCAUAAUCUGAGUAAUCGUGCCCCGUCGCGCCGUUUCCAGCCCGUACCGUUAGGAGGUCCCGUUGAUGAACCACUGGUCAAUUCGUCACGUGGUAAAUUGGCACGCGGUAAUCCGCCGCAGUACAAAACGGGUCCAACAAUCUCCGCGUUUAUUGCAGGAGUACAUGAACAGCUGCGACACAAAUAUAAAAAAACGCAAGCACCCAGCAGCAGAAAAAGUAGCCGUGACCGUACCGCUGAUAGUGUACCGGCGUGGACGGAUUUCUGCUUUCUUGUUUAUUUCGUAGUAAAUUUCUCGAACUUGCUGGAUAACGACUGAUUCUUCUACCGUUGAGAUAAGUUGGUUAGGUACAUAAUAACUGUCAUUUUAACAGUGCGCUGUAAUAUUGAAUAGUACACUUAAUACGCUGUUUGGAUCUAGUUUUGUCACUUGUGUGUAUGUGCUGUCUAACAGCAGUUUGGUUUUUUUCCCACGAUGCGUAAUUGUUUCUUCUUCGCUAAUUUCUUUAGGAAGUAAUUAAUUUAUUUAUUUAUUCGCCGGGACCUUACCAAAGGAAAUUAAAGUUACAGUUUGG